AUAGUCACCCUAACGUCAUCAUGGCAACAUCAUCCGAAGAAGUGUUAUUAAUAGUGAAGAAAGUGCGUCAAAAGAAACAGGAUGGGGCUCUUUAUCUCAUGGCUGAAAGAAUAGCUUGGGCACCUGAUGGCAAAGACCGGUUCACGAUCAGCCAUAUGUAUGCAGAUAUAAAAUGUCAGAAAAUCAGUCCUGAAGGAAAAGCUAAGAUUCAGCUUCAAUUGGUAUUGCAUGCAGGAGACACAACUAACUUCCAUUUUUCUAAUGAAAGUACAGCAGUAAAAGAACGUGAUGCAGUUAAAGAUCUUCUUCAGCAGCUGCUACCAAAGUUCAAGAGGAAAGCCAAUAAGGAACUAGAGGAAAAAAACCGAAUGCUGCAAGAAGAUCCUGUUUUGUUUCAGCUUUAUAAAGAUCUUGUUGUAAGUCAGGUGAUUAGUGCUGAGGAAUUCUGGGCCAACCGUUUAAAUAUGAAUGCUUCGGAUAAUUCGGCAGCACCUAGCAAGCAAGAUGUUGGCAUUUCUGCUGCUUUUCUGGCUGAUGUUAGACCUCAAACAGAUGGAUGCAAUGGACUAAGAUAUAAUUUGACUUCAGAUAUCAUUGAAUCAAUAUUUAGGACUUAUCCAGCAGUAAAACUUAAAUAUGCAGAAAAUGUUCCACACAAUAUGACAGAAAAAGAAUUCUGGACUCGAUUCUUCCAGUCUCACUAUUUCCAUAGAGAUAGAUUGAAUGCAGGAUCAAAGGACCUUUUUGCAGAAUGUGCCAAAAUGGAUGAAAAGGGGUUAAAAGCAAUGGUCUGUCAAGGAGUGAAAAAUCCUUUAUUAGAUUUAACUGCCUUGGAAGAUAAAUCAUUGGAUGAAGGUUACGGUAUUUCCUUGGCACCAUCCACAUCCAACUCUACAAAAUCAAUAAAGGAAAGUAGCAACGCAGCUAUUAUAAAACGCUUUAACCAUCAUAGUGCCAUGGUCCUUGCAGCUGGGCUCAGAAAACCAGAAGCACAAAAUGAUCACUAUAGUGAGACCAACAGUAUGGAUGGAAACUCUAGAGAUUCAGAUAUCUUUCAGCCACCAGUAAAAAAGGUAAAGCUGCAAGAAUCUAUUGAAUAUGAAGAUUUAGAAAACAACAACAGCAUUAAAACUAUUGCACUAAAUCUAAAAAAAUCAGAUAGGUAUUACCAUGGUCCAACACCAAUUCAGUCACAGCAAUAUGCAACGAGCCAUGAUAUUAUUAAUUCUUUGUGUAGUAUUAGAGACGAAAUGGAAGGCUAUGUACCCAAAUUAACUCAGGUUCUCUCAAGUGGUGCUGCCAGUAGUACUAUCUCAGCCCUGUCACCUGGAGGAGCACUUAUGCAGGGUGGAACACAGCAAGCCAUAAAUCAGAUGUUGCCAAAUGAUGUUCAGUCUGAACUGAAGCACUUAUAUGUUGCAGUGGGAGAGUUACUACGACACUUCUGGUCCUGUUUUCCUGUUAAUACACCAUUCCUGGAAGAAAAAGUUAUAAAAAUGCGGAGUAAUUUGGAAAGAUUUCAAGUUACAAAACUCUGCCCAUUCCAAGAGAAACUUCGAAAGCAGUAUUUAAGCACAAAUCUGGUAAAUCACAUAGAAGAGAUGCUUCAAACAGCCUACAAUAAAUUCCAUACAUGGCAGUCCCGACGUAUGUUUAAAAAAACGUGAAGACCACAGUGUUUCCAACGGGACAAGUUUGCAAUAGCUGUAGGAGCACAACUACUAACUGUGUGUAGAUCUUACAGAAAUUGCAGGGGAUGCCAGCAUCAUAAGGACCCUUUAAAAUGAUGCUAACUGAGCUUGCACCUUUUGCAAAGAGAACAGAGGUUAAACUUGAAAACAAAGGAGUUUAAAGGAACCAAAUCGGAAAAGCCAAGUGGCAAAUACACACACACACAAACACAUACACACACAAAGACACUGUUUACUGCAGUUACUCAGGAACUGCUUUUGAUUUUCAUAAGAGCUGCUUUCUGAAAUAAAAACUUUAAAGAGAUGUGUAUUAAUAAACUCCAAGGUCGUUCACCUAAUUUUUUAAAAUGUAUGGCACAGGGUAGAACUUAACAUUUCUGUUAAUGCUGUCUCCUAGCGUUUUAUUGAUUUCUGUUUGUACUUUUAGAAACAAGUUUAAAAUUUUACACGGAUUAACUGUUUCAAGUUCUUAAGGAACUUAGAGGCAAGAGGACAAGUUUUUGUCAUGGUUUCCUUAUAAAAUCAGUCAAUGCACAGAAAUACUUAGUGUUUGAAGGAGACAUACUUGCAGGCAGUGCAGAAUUUUAUGCAGAAUUUUCACCAGCCAUUGUUUGCAUGUUUUCUUUGGAAUGUGAGUGUGUGCUAUUACAUUUUUUUUAGCUUCAUUUGGAAGUGAGAAAGUCAUUUUUAAUGUAAGUGUAAACACUUACAAAAAUAAUAACUUUUAUACUUUUCACAAAAACAAUCUUAAAUGUGCUUUCUUCAGUUCUUUCCUGAUGACUGUUAGCGCUGUAUUUGGCGACUAGAUAAUCAUUGAAGAGUGAAUAUCCCAUAUCUUUAAAUAUAUUGGGAAUCCUUACAACAUUUAGAUACAAAAGAGAGGCAGUUCACUCUUACCUAAAAUGUACCUGCCGUGUAUUAAAUACUUGACUUACUGAAGCAAAAGUAAACUUGUUUUGCAUAAUCUGUGGAGUCAGACUCCUUAUAUUUGUUGUCUUAAUGUCUUCCUCAUUAACACUUCAUUCUUGGACCAAGCAAAUGGCUUAGCUUAUAUGUAAUAAGAUGUGUUGAAAUGAUGAGCCAGAGGCUUUUGAUUGCAUAAACAAUUUUACUGGCAGAUGUUGGAAAUGUGGGACCCUUCUGUUAUAUUCAUGCCCCUCUCCAUCAAAGAAUACUAGAGUUGUAUUACUAAUUUACAGUGGAUUGACAUGGGGGGUUGCUACCUCAUCUCUAUACACUGUAGCACUGAUCAGUUUGUGAGCUGCAAGAGUUACUCCUUAUAUAAGAGCAUGUACUUAUAUACAUGCUCUCGGUUUAUGCCAGUGAUGUUGAUUCAUUGCAACAAGUAAAACUUUAAGCAGCUACUAUUCUAUACUAUGGGAUAGAGAUGUAAGGUAUCAACUUUGAAUUUGAUACUACUUUUGUUUUCAGAGAAGCUGCAUGGUAUGUACUACAAAAUGAUACUUGCAUCCACUUGUCCUUUCAAAAAAAAGUUCCUUUGUAUUUUACUUCAGUUGCCCCAGUUAAAUUGAUUUGUGAAAAGCUGGAAUUAAUCAUGAAAAAUAAAGAAUUGAUGCUGCUAUGGGAAUAUCAUCUUGCUGAAAUAUGAUUCUAAUAGUAUAUGAUUACUUAAAUUUAUUUGGAUAAGUUAAUUUCUGGUGUCCUUGUCAUUAUGCCCCAAUUACAGAUUUUACACACAAAUCUCAAACAUUACCUCUGCAACAAAAAGCAAGUUGAAACAGAUUCUAAAGCAAAAGUGUUUUGAUGGAGGUUGAGAGCUAGAUUGACUUUUACCAACAUAUUCUAGAUCAUAUUAGAUCUGUGAAGACAUACAUUUGCACUGAUAUAUCUUUGAGCAAUAAUUAAAUGAUGCAAACUAUGUGGGUUUAAUCAAAACCUGUUUAGGCAGAUAACUAGAUUUAUAGUCAUUUAGCAAAAUAUGUACAACCUUCCUGGUCUUUUAUUUAAAUGUAUAGGCUUUGAAGAAUAACUACAGUUGCAAAAAUAUUAAAUUUUUAUCUAUAUUAUUCAACAAAUAAGAACCAUUAGAUUAUUCUACCAGAAGGUGGCAACAGCAACUAUUUGUCAUUCGAUUUAUGAACAGCUCUUUUCUACAUUUGCUAUCUGACUUGCUGAUUCCAUUUCUGCUGAAGCAUGGUCUAAAAUAGAUAAAUGAUUUGAAUAUUAACCGUGAAAUGUCUUUUGCUAACCAUACAAGCAUUUAAAUCUGAACUUAUAUUUAACAGAAAAUUAUAUAACUUGUAUCACUGGCAUUGAUAAAAACUGUAGAAUA